AUGAAAUUAUUGCUGACGACACAUCCUCUAUAUCCCAGCGUAUGCGUCCUUGACACACAACAUUUUUUAUAUCGUAUAGCUGUGGAUAAGUGUCAGCCUGACCCAUGUGGUGUCCAUGGCGUGUGUGAAGACACAACAGCUGGACACAUUUGCCAUUGUCAGCACGGAUAUUCUGGAAAUGAUUGUACUGUCCAUUCAAGUGCUCCAGUUGACCCUUGUACAGCCAAUCCAGCAGCUGUAGGAUGUAGUUGUGAUCCGCUAUGUGUCGACCCCAAAGGGAUAUGUGUAGGGUCACAAGGAUCAAAAACAUGUUUAUGUUCUAAAGGCUUUUCUGGCACUAACUGUCAAAGUCAAACCUCACACGGGGGACAAGACCCGAAAUUCGUCCCACCAACGCCGGAAGCUGAAGAACUGAUAAAAUGUGAGAGGGACCGCUACACUAUGGCCACAUGCAUAUUUUCAGUAUAUACAUCGCCAGAUACAGUGAUUAGUUCUGCUCCUUUGGUAACAACCAUUUUGCCUCCCAGCAAAGUAACAGUUACCAUUUCCGCUGCAGUCGAUCCACAAAUAGCCGGUAUUCAAAACAUAUAUCGUUAUGAUGUAAAGAUAAGAGCACAAUCCACAGCUGAUCCUAAACUCCAUAUUUGUCUGCAAGUAGCCAAAUCAACUGAUAGCACUCAUGCAACAGACACGAAGUGCUUUAACAUCGAGUAUGAAUUCAAACAUGGAGUUAAUCAAUGGGGUCCGCAAAUAUCACCGAGCCCUAAAAAUAAGUUUGUAGACCCAACAUUACCAGACCUUAGUGAAGUUGUAUGUGAAGUUGGAAAACCCUGUCAUAUCUUCGUCUACGCUUCCAAGGAAAGUGGUAGUUGCCGACAUGUACUGACCAGUGAUACUGUAUCCACAGCAGUCUUUGAUCCGACUGACGUCGGCACCUCCUGUAUGACAAACGUUGUAUAUGACUUCACGUCGUCCGCUAUAGCCGGUACUACUAAGAAAGUGUGUGUUAAGUCUGGUGAAUUGGGCGAAGUAAGGUGUUUCAACAUGAAGAGCGUCGCUGCCAUUGUGGGCAAGUAUAAGUUAUGCACGAUGAGAAUUUGCUUUUUAAAAAGAAAGAAAUCAUCAAUCGGAUAUUCUGAGUAAUUUGAUGGAAUGAUGGCCUAUGUGUAUUGUAGAUCA